CAGACAUUCAUAUUUCCUUAAUUUUGACCAAGAGCAAAAUAACCAUCUAAAAUCGUUAUUUUUAAAUUGGGAAAUUAUGUGUGCAAAAAGAAUAUCAUACAGUAAAGAUGAAUUACUUUUCUUAGAUCCAAAAUUGGAUUUAAGUUGUUUGAGUGACCACGAUUUCAAAAAUCUUUGCGAAAAAGAUAUUUUUAUAGCCAAGUUGUAUAUACCUGAGCGUAUCAAAAAGAAGGCAAACAAUUAUAACAUGAAAACUAUGGCUAUACAGUCUCUGCCUAAGUCUGAAGGUUCGCCUCAAUCUUACUCAUAUCCCCCCAGGUUUAAAGAUGAUAUGUUGCACUCUUCGGAUAAUUUUAGACACUGGCCUAACAAUGAAAAUGAGUCAUUCAACCCAAUGCGUCAUAAAUCAUUUUCUGCUACUCAAAAGUUCAACAAUAAAUCUGAAAUUAUCAACUCAUUUCAGGAAAGUCAUGUUUAUAGAGAAGGUAUUAAUCAAUUUACUCACAAUAGUAAUAACAUUAAUAACACCGGUGCAAGAUAUCAAGGUCCUAGAAACAAUUUCCAUCCAGAUUUUAAUAGGAAUAAACGGUUUUCACCAGCUCAGCCUGCCUCUCACAAUUCUGGGAUCCUUAAUAAUCACCAGAUGAAUAAUGCGUUGGUUAGUGGCAACAAUCAAGGGACAGACUUUAUCAAUCGGCGAAGGAAUAUAUCGGAGACACUUGAUUAUAAUCAAAACAUUUACGCAGCCAAAAGAGACAAUCAUUCAAAAUAUAAUCAAGCUCAAAAUCAACCGAUUUACCACGAUACACCAUCUUAUUACGAAUAUAAUCCUCCUAAAAUCAACGAAAACAAUUCUUUGGGGUUAGAUGGACCCGAGAGAAUUAUUAAGGACAGUUCCAAAACUUCUUUUAAUUCUAAUCUUAAAAAGCAAAUAUCUCUAAAUGAGAGGUUUUCAACAUAUUCCCCACGGGAGAAUUUAGCCGCGUUCAAUGAAAACGAUCACCUUUCCCUUAAUAUGAAUCACCACAGAGACGCCGUUAACAAGGAAUCUGCCGAUCCAAAUUAUCCCAAUUACGAUGUCAAAAGGAAUUAUCAUUUUGGAUUGCUAGAGAAUGACGUUAUUUUAAAUCCGCGGUCUGUUGCUCUUUCAGGGAAAGGUAAUGAAACAUUGCAUCAAAGAAACGAGUUUCAACCUUAUAACUCUACCGACAUUAAUUUUGAUUACGAUCAACAUCAAAAGCAGGUCAUUAAUGCUGAGAAAGGCUCUAAUUCCAAUCAUUUUAACGAUAAAAUAAGAAACAACCUUGAUUUUGGUGAUCUACCCCUUAAGCCCAGUUAUUCUCACCCUAGUAGCCACUCAACCCCUCAAAGUCUAUCAAGACCCAAUAUAAUUUUAGACCAAAGUAUCAAUCAAAAUGCUAACCUCAAGCCGUGCCCGAUUACCCCUCAGCGUCUUUAUAGUACCCCCAUAACCUCUCCUCGUCUGGAAGAAACUAAGGCUGAUCUUGAUUAUAAUAGUUUGAGAGAUAGUCUUAGUAAGGAGAUCGAACCUUCGAUAAGCAACUGCAAUUUCCACUCGAAUGUCGACGUGAUUCACAAUAAUAAAAGCGUCCAAAAUAUUCAGGAUGCGGCGCAUAAAUCUACCAUAACUGAAUAUUUACGUGCACGAACUCCUAACCCUUCGAGAGACAAUUUUUACAUUGCAAUCGAUCCUAAUGACAAUCUCAAUGUUACCCUUAAGUUGUACAGAAUAACCGAUUUCGGUUAUAGUCCUGUCCUCAAUCAAACCGGUUUGCCAGAAUUACCUCUCUUCUACGGAUCAGAAUUACUCUUUUUGCUUAUUCAAGGGGUCUUAACGCCUGAUUGCCGCCUUGAAAAUGUAGUCACUCAACAAUUCACGUUGUUAAACGAGGUUUUGUCUUUGAAACAGGCUAGGGCUGUUAUCGAUGACUCGUCCGUGUCAGACGCGAAACUGAGUGCUAUUCUCCCGACAGAUUUUGAAAAUUACGCUAUUAUGCUGAAACAAUUUUCGAAAGAAACGGAUACAAUUUUAGGAAAUUUCAAUUUAGAGAAAGGGGAGAUUGGUCUGAAAAAGAACGACAAACAAAGUAAAACCGAAUCUUGGGUUAACGCUCAAUCAGUUGAUAAUGAUAAUGUAGCAAUAUCGAAUCAAAUCUUAGACUCACUACCUGUCAAGGGUGGCAAUAAAACAAAGGGUAAAAAGGAUAAAAACAAAAAAGGGGAUGAUUUAAAAGUUAAUACUGGCAGGUUCGAACCCACUGGAAAGGACGUCAAAGGCAUCAAUUCAAAGAAACAAUCGCAAGUGAAAGACAAGAAGGUCGCCUUUAAUACUCCACUUAUUCAAAACGGUUCCGGCAACGUCAAAUCUCAUGACAAGAAAAAUAAAAGCUCGCAAAACAGCGUUAAACCUACAGGUGUAGAAAAUGCAAGACAAGACUCAAAACACGCAUCAGACCUCUUAGUGCUCAAUUCACCACAACUAAGUCAUACAAAAUACGAGACGGUAAAGCAAAAAAGUCAUCAAUUAUCGAAUGAACUUUUGCACGUGACUCCCACUUUAACUGAUAAUGACGUAUUUCUGGACAAUAAAGAUUCUAACCUUCAAUCAAUGGCUGGCGAUACCAAUGAUGGAUGGCAAAAAAUUCCGAAGAAAAUAAAGUACAAGAAGAAAAAAAAAAGCGAGAUUGAAUAAUCCUAAAAGCGAGAUUGAUUAGUCCUAAAAAAAGGAAUGAAUGGCGAUUUAAUUUGUAUUUCUUAAAAUACUUUAGUUUAUCACGACAUGAUUUAUAAAAUAAUCGAAUAUUAGUAAAGCUAUUAAAGCAACCUUGAUCAAUUCAAAGAAUAAAAUGCGCAAUUUCCGUAAAUACUAAUUAUCAUUUUAGGUGUUCGAUCAUAACCUGAAAUCGUUUUUUAAAAUUGUUUUUAAAAUACACAUGAUUGUUUUUUUUUCAUGAAAAUUUUAAUAAUUCUUGUUAUAUAGUAAUAUAACCAAAUAACUUGUUACCUAACAAUAAAAUAUUAUAUUUAUUACUGGUUUUUUAGCAAAAUGACCAAAAAUGAACAUGUAACAACUUAAUUUUUUGACUAAACAAUAUUGUACAUUAUUUUAUCCAUCUAACUCGAGCCCAAUUUCACCAUAUAGAGGGUCUAGAAAGUCGAUUUAAGUAGAAAAUGCAUUAGAUGCUAUGAUUAAAUGUAUUAUACAUUAAGUAUUUACACCCCCCCCCCCCCCACCUCCAUUUUGAUGUUGGCAGCGACAUUACAUUUUAUUUUAAAUUGUGGAAAAUCUUAAAAUUGACAAAAAAUAUUACCAUAUUACUCCCCUUUAUUUAUUAUUAAAUAAUUUUGUUAUCGCUUUUUUUAAAAAAAUACCAUUAUUCGCUGAUAGAAUUCAAUUUUGAUUUGUAUUUCUUUUAAAAUAUCCUUUUUAUUCCAAAACACACAAUUAAUUUAACAAAAAUUGAUGUAGAUAUAUAUUUGACAUUUUAAUUUUUUUUAGCAUAUGAUCACUUAUUCUAACAUCAUUAUUAAUAUUAAUUUUUUUUAAAUAAGAAUUUGUUUUUAUAUACAUAAAAUAUAAUUAUCUGAUUCAGUUCUGAUCUCUACGAUGCACAUAUAUUCUUGUGAAAAGAUCUGGCGGAUGUAGUGUGCACUUUUGAACCCCACCCUUCCACGUUAACUAUCAACUUAAUUUUUUUAUGAAUAAUUUUUAUACGCAUAACUAAUUACAUAUAGUAAAAAACUUCUUAUAAAAUGAUCCCUUGUUAGGGAAGUGGUCAUUAUAGCAAACAGUUUUGCAAUAUAUUUAAAUUGUUGAACUAGUUACAUUUAAACGUUUAACUUUACAUCUAGAGUAAUUUUUAUGUUCCAUAUAGUUUGUAUGAUAAAAGUUGUAGAUUUUUAUAUUCCAUUUUUUAAAA